AGCCGUUCACGUGGACUGCUUGUGUGCGCGUUCACGGCGCCUCAGGUUUGGAGAUGUCGUUGCCGUCUCCGCGCUCCUGGUGGCCGAGCAUCUAGAGUUUUUGACUUGUAAAAGAAAUCCACCUGAAAGGACAAAAUGUUUAGAUGAGCACCCAUCUAUAAUCGAGCUCGGACAAUCAGCCCACCCUGAUUGGCCUCUUUUCCUUUUGAGGAGUCGCUGCCUGCAGUGGCUGCGGGAGCUGGGGUUGCCAUGGAGACGGUGGUGAUUGUGGCCAUUGGGGUGUUGGCCACCAUUUUCCUGGCCUCUUUCAUUGCCCUGGUGGUGGUGUGCAGACACCGCUACUGCCAACCCCACAACCUGCUGCACCACUUUGACUCAAAACCUACAGUGGAUCUGAUUGGAGCCAUGGAGACCCAGAGUGAGCCAUCGGAGCUGGAGUUAGAUGAUGUGGUCAUUACAAACCCUCACAUUGAAGCUAUCCUUGAGAAUGAGGACUGGAUAGAAGACGCCUCUGGUUUGGUCUCUCACUGCAUCUCUAUCCUAAAGAUCUGUCACACUUUGACUGAAAAGUUGGUUGCCAUGACGAUGGGCUCAGGGGCAAAGGUCAAAGCACCAGCGAGCUUAAGUGACAUUAUCACUGUGGCCAAACGCAUAAGCCCGAGGGUGGACGAUGUGGUCAGAUCCAUGUACCCUCCGCUGGAUCCAAUCCUCCUGGACGCCAGGGCCACUGCUCUGCUUCUUUCGGUCAGCCACCUGGUGCUGGUCACCCGCAAUGCCUGUCACAUGUCCGGCAGCAUGGAUUGGAUCGAGCAGUCUCUCCACGCAGCUGAAGAUCACAUGGUGGUCUUGCGUGAGGCGGCGCUGGCAUCUGAACCAGAACGGAGUAGACCUGGAGCUGACGCACAGAGCGAACAAGCCAUGUAGAGCAAACACGGACACAAACGAACAGGAGCAGGCAGCCAUGAAUAUGUGUCCAUUCUCACCCUGAGUGCUGUCUUUUCAGAAGUGUGUACUCAGUUGAUAGGUGCAGGUUUUGCUACAUGGUAUUGAAAGGCACGUUUCCUAAACUCAUGAGCAGUAAACACUUACACAUACUUGACUCAGUCCCUCAUAUUCACACAUUUAAAACAAAAAUAUAUACUUUUUUCAAAUUUGCACCAAGCAGUGCUACAGCGACAGUCACAUGCAGGUGUUUGUUUUGUAUGUAAUCCUAGAGCUGAUCUUUUUAAGAAGAAGACAUAAGCUGCCUGCAAGUGAAAGGUAUUUGCAAAUUUCUUCUCAAGUGCACAAUCACCCAGCAAUGGGCUGAAAUCCAAUUUCACCACCACUGCACAGUCACAUGGAGGCUUAGUCAGCUAAUCUAUUCUGAGGAAAACAACACCCAGUUAGCCAGUUAGCCCAAAGAGGCUCCAACUCAUUAGACCAAUGGAAGACUAACCUGACUUAUUUACAAUUUGUGGGGUUGCAUGACUCAUGGAUUUUCUAAAAAAAAACAUCCAAGAUACUCUUAUGGUGUAAGAAAUCACGGGGCUGUGAGCUUUCAGAGACCAGAAGCACUGGUUUCAGCCAGUUUUUCCAGUUAAGUACAACCCUUUUGUCCUGUUCCUACAUAUGAAGCUGUUACCGAGAACCUGGUAUCUCUUCCUCUCUAAAGCUAUUUGCCAUGUUAGUGGCAUCAGGAUACCUCAGCAUCUACUAAUUGGAAUGGCAUAAAAAUGUGGACAGACAUUUAUGGUUGCCACAGGAUGAAUCAUAUUGGUCAUACCUGACUUUCCCUUUGUUUUCACCAUGAGAUUCAUAGUUUUGUUUUUACUGUCUGUUACUUGGAUUGCUAUUAAAUAGUACUCAUACUAGAGGGGUUGUAACAAAUAUCUGGACAGGUCAGGCCAAAAU